AUUGACAUACACGGUCCUCGGUAACCAUUGGUGCCCGCGUGCUAAUCGUCUUUUCCCCCUUACACGGUUGUUUGGUAAAGAGUUAGAGCUAUUUUAGCGAUUUACUGAUAGCGUUGUUGUUGUUUGUUUUGGAACGAGAGGACGGUAGCGAGGCGGUAGUUCACGAUUAUAAAUCGCAUCUGACCGUCGUUCCAAAUCGGUUGGCGUCUAAGACAUGUGAAAGAAAAACGAUUAUCACGGAAACCAUAUUAUUGCUAUCAUGUCUCAUAUUGGCAAGUUCGGUCUGCUCGGUGGCAACUUCAAAAAGCCGCCCCAGCGUAAAACCAGAUUGAAUCGCUCGUACGAAGAGUUAUCUCCUAUAUCUUGGCGUAAUUAUUUUGAGCACAAACGUGUUGUUGACUUGGACGGUAAUAAGUUUACGACCUACUCAUUGGGUAAUGUGGAAUCGGUGCUGAUUGUUCUGCUCCACGGGGGAGGAUUUAACGCUCUCACCUGGUCUCUUUUCGCCAAACAUUUAGUAAAACAAUGCGAAUGUCAAGUUUUAGCAAUUGAUCUUCGAGGACAUGGAAAUUCAUUCACUAUUGAUGAUACUGAUUUAUCAAUGGCAACAUUUACUAAUGAUGUAAUAAGUUUAUUACGUAAAUUGUAUCCUGAUAAAAUGCCAUCAAUAGUUUUAAUGGGCCAUAGUCUUGGAGGAGCUAUUGCAGUAAAUGUAGCAUCCAUGGCUGAAUCAGAUUUACCAAUUAUUGGUUUGGUUGUCAUUGAUGUAGUUGAAGGUUCUGCAAUGGAAUCAUUAGCUAGUAUGCAAAGUUUCUUAAGAAGUCGUCCUAAAUCUUUUAAAAGUCUGAAAGAUGCAAUUUCUUGGGGGAUGGGAAAUGGACAUAUUAAAAAUGAGGAAUCUGCAAGGGUUUCUAUUCCUGGACAAAUAAAAAAUGUGACCACCGGUAAACUUGGUACAGAUGAGAUAGAAGAUCCACUUAUUAAUACUCAAGAACUGACUGAACCAAUUGAUCAAACUCAGUACUCAUCAAUAGAUUCUAUAAAAGAAGACGAAGAAGAAUUUGGCCCAUCUUCGUUUUCUAUCGAAAAACCAUUGGGUAAUUAUACAUGGCGGAUUGAUUUAUGUAAAACAGAAAAACAUUGGCCUGGAUGGUUUCAAGGACUUUCAAAAAAAUUCUUAUCCAUUCAUGCACAAAAAUUAUUACUUCUUGCCAAUAUUGAUCGGAUGGAUAAAGAUUUGACUGUUGGUCAAAUGCAAGGUAAAUUUGAAAUGCAAGUAUUAGCUAGAGUUGGACAUGCGGUACAAGAAGAUGAUCCUGAUAAAGUUGCUAGUAUAUUGUCAAAUUUUUUGGUAAGAAAUAAGUUCACAAAUCCAACUUCAGAAUUUGUUCGAAUUCUUCCUGGCUGUUAAGUCAUCAAUUAAAGCUGAUCAAUGGUUAUAUUUAAUCAAUAAGAUUAACGGGUAUGCCAAUUUUAGAGCUGAAAAAUUUUAUAAUUAUUUAUAUAUAUAUAUAUAUUUUUUUUUUUCUUAAAAAUAUAAACUAAAUAAAAACAUAAAAUCUUACAAACAUAUAGUAAGUGAACAAUAACAAUGAGAGAAAUAUAUUAAUGUAUCAUUUAACUAUAU